GAAUCGAACGAAGGACAACGUUAAAUAAGGCAGUUGAAUCGAUUCUAUUGUUACGCGGCGAAGUAAUCGGAAUCGUCUAUUUGCAAUACAGCACAGAUUAAAUGAUCACUCGCCAUGUCUGAUCGGUGGGGAAUGACUUAUGAUGAAAAUGAUGAUGAAGACGACGACGAGGAGGAGGAGGAAGAGCAAAGGGGAGUAGUACGACGAGGAGGAGGAGAAGACGACGUCCUCGCCAUACAGCAGAGGAUAUUAGCAGAGGUGCAGGCGGAGAGGCGGGCGAGGGGACCCGUUCGGCCGAGGAGCCUCGCCGGGUUCUCCUCGCCUUCUGCGGUAGGACAGCUAGGCCACAGCCCAGGGUCCUUCGCGGCCUACAAGGGGGAGAGCUUUACAUCGGAAGGAGCUUCCAAAGAAAACCUGCAAAGAUUUGCUGGCUUUGGCAUUGGUAUGACGAGUCUCUUUAUUGAAAACGUGUUGGCUCAUCCAUGCAUUGUGAUCCGGAGACAAUGCCAGAUAAAUUACCAUGCCAAGAAAUACCACCUAACACCCUUCUCUGUCAUCAGGAUAAUGUAUUCCUUCACAAGAUCACAGGGCAUCCGAGCUUUAUGGAAAGGCAUGGGCAGUACCUUCAUAGUGCAAGGCAUCAGCCUGGGUGUUGAAGGAAUAGUUGGAGAGUUCACACAACUACCCAGGGAGGUUUCACAGAAUUGGAACUUCAAGCAGCUCGGAGGCCACAUGCUCCUGAAGGGGAUCGUGUGCCUGAUAACCAUGCCAUUCUAUUCAGCAAGUCUCAUUGACACAGUACAGAGCGACAUAAUUCGCGACAACCCCGGCAUCCUGGAGUGCGUGCGCGAGGGCGUCUGCCGCGUGCUGGGGCUCGGCAUCCCGCAGAGCAAGCGCCUGCUGCCCCUGCGCCUCCUGGCGGGCCCCACGCUGCUGCACGCCCUGCUGCACCACGCCAUCGCCGCGCUGGUGCAGCGGGUGGCGGGCCUGGCCAUCGAGGCCACCUGGCGGAGGAGGAGGAGGGGGAAGGGUGCGGCGGCGCCGGAGCCGGGGGUCGCGGUGGAGGAGAGCUCGCUGGAGGCGUGUCUCCCCGAGUUGGUGGCGCGGUUUUUCGGGGGACUCGUCGCGGACGUCGUGCUGUUCCCGCUCGAGACGACCGUGCACCGGCUGCACGUGCAGGGCACUCGCACGAUCAUCGACAACACGGACGCCAACUCCCCCGAGCUGCUGCUGCUGCCGAUCAACACGCGUCACGAGGGUCUGGCCGACUGCGUGCGCUCGGUGCGCCGCGACGAGGGCGCCUUGGGGCUGUGGAAGGGCGUGGGGGCGCUGCUGCUGCAGUACAGCGUGCACGGUGCCCUGCUCUACGCAGCCGGCGUCGUCAGCUCCCGCAUCGCGGCUGCCGGCGGAUCCUUCCCGUGAUGAGCAGCACACACAGCUUCUCCACAACUUCCCGGCAUCUGCAGGCUGAGCCACUUCAUCCCAUGUUCCAAGAUAUUACAAUCGUUGUUGAUAGCUUCUCUUCAGUUCUCUCUCGGUUCUUUCUCUCUUCCUUGCUCCUUUUUUUUCCAAAUGCCACUUCUGCAAUUGGGUUCUCAGCCUCGCGGUGGAGAUGUUCCAACCAUCGUGAUCGUCCGAUAAUAUGCACACGGAAAUGUACCUAUACCUGGCUUCCAAAUGGAAGGGUCUGAUGCUCAAAUCCUGGUUGACCCUCAAAUCAUCAUCAUCAUCAUCAACCCUCUCGCGUUGAUUAAAUGAGUUCCACUUUUGUGGAAGUCGGCAGCAGUCACCUUGUGGAUUUACGUGCUGCGAUGGGAAUGUGGAAUUUCCACCGCUGGCUUAAGGCUGCCAUCAGAGAGUAGCACCACCCCUUGUUUUAAGAAAAACUAUUAAUUGACAGCACUUUUUCAUGUUUUCUGUACACGUGCAUACGAAUGUAUACAUACAAUUUGUCACGUGGUUAAAAUUAAUAAUGAAUUGUUCCUUAUGCAUAAAGUGCUCACACAUGAAUUAACAUACAAUGGAUUUAAGAGCACAAAGCUAUGUGAAUGCUGUACAAAUGUGAACUUUGUGCUCAUGAUGUUUGUAUAAGUUUAUUUAGCAACCACAUCUGCUGGACUGGACAUUUAAAAGCCAAUGUUACGUAUUUGUUUUUGUUCCUAUGUGUUUAAAAUGCCUAACCCCUAAAAUUGUAUUGAUUAUACCGUGAAAUCAUUGGCCUCCUACUAUGUAGACUUUGUAGGGUCCUCCUGGCAAAGAGUCGCGAGACUCGGUGAGGCUUUCCUGGGCAAUCAAGUGUAACGACAACAAUGCCCUUAGUACAUUAAACCUGUGCGUAUCAAA